CUACACCCACAACACUACUAAAUGAACUACGCUCUACUCUCCUCGGCGGCAUCGUCUUCAUCUCCAGCCGAGCAAGCACAGUUUUGCACUCCUCUGCUCUGUCUUCCUCUGCGCGAACCAGUCUCGGGUCGGGAAUAAACUGCUGUCUGUUAGAGAGCAAGAGCUGAGCAGCACCGGUAGUCAGCUAGAACUGGUGUACCAGAAAUACUGUCAAUCUCGGACCUUUCGUCCAGCUUAGCUUCUUCUCCUUGUGAUCUCCGCCUGCAUCUGACAUACCCACACACCUCAAUACACCAGCACCAAGUGCUUUGAUCCCACCUCUAUCUCCUCUUUCCCCAAGCCGAUGCGAGCACAGCGAAACAUCGCCAUGAUCGCAGGCCAAGUCUCAACAAACCAAGCCGGCAAAGGCAGAGCCGGCAACAGCAGCCAGAUCGCGAUGGAGGCUCCCGGCUACGACCGCAAGGCCCAGCCGUUUCCCAUCUUUGAGGAAAACAUGCCGUUCUCGUCGCUACUUUACCAGAUUGAACUGCAUAUCGUGCGCACCGUCGACUCGCCGUAUACAUACGAACAGCUGCGCGGGCCGCCUGGGUCGUCCAACAUCAUCAGACCGCUCGUGAAAUCAAUCGAGCAAUCCCGCAACCCCGCAAUCAUCGCGGCCCUCCUCGCCGCACGCCUCGACUUCUCAGUCCAAGAAGACGACCGCGCGAUCCACGAAGCCCGCGCCUACACCGCCGAGCUCAUCGCCCUGCGCUACGCCGCCCAUCUUCCAGAGGAAGACCUGAUCCAGUACGUCACCUACGAGAUCCCCCGCAAGCCCGCCGCAAACCCCACCUCCCUCUCGUCCACUCCCUCGACCGUCAGCGUGCCGACCGAGAGCACGGCUUUGCUCGAAGAGCACAACGAAAGCGUUCGGCAGGCCAGAGCUGCGGCGGAGAUCGACAUCGAGCGCCAGGCGGGCGCAGGGUCAGAUAAUACUCCGUACGUUGCCGACUCUGCGAUCGGUUUGAGCGCGCUCGAACUCGCGAUCCUGGGAGACGCGAAGAAAUUCCUGCUUUCGCGGGCUAUCGAGCAGAUCAUCACGUCGAUCUGGGAAGGUCGGAUCGUGUUUUGGGAUAGUAUCUCGGUGCAGUCCAAGAAGAAGGCAAUGAUCUAUAACCCUGCUCGUAAGGGAAACGACUGGUAUUCUCGCCUGCGGGUACCUAAAUACCGCACUGUCUUUAUGAUGCUCAACUAUGCCGUCCUGCUAGCCCUCUACUACGCCGUCCUCACCGAACGCAACAUCACUCAAAUCACAGUCCUCGAAGUUCUUCUCGACAUCUGGUUCGCGGGUUUCGUCUACGAAGAAAUCGGUCAAAUGCGCGAGUCUGGAAGUAUCAAAUUCUACGCGCUAGAUUACUGGUCUUUCUUUGAUCUCGCCAUGAUCUUCAUCUUCCUCGCGUUCUUCUCCGUGCGCAUAUUCAGCGUCGUGCCGUUUAGAGAGAAAUACGCCCACGCGGCGUUUGACAUUCUCUCGCUCGAAGCGCUGCUGCUCGUGCCUCGUGUGUUUUCUAGUCUUGCGGUGGUUCCUUAUUAUGGCACGUUACUGCCGUGCCUCAAGCAGAUGACCAAGGAUUUUAUGGAAUUCCUCGUCCUGAUUGUAAUUCUCUACGUCGGAUUCCUGACCACGUUCUCCUUCCUCGGUCGAGACCAUUUCACAGUGAACCAAAUGGCAUGGCUCUUGAUCCGUGUGUUCUUUGGCGCGCCGUACGAUGGACUUGAUGCUGCUGGAUUGAUCUCUCCGAUAUUUGGACCGACGUUGAUGCUUAUUUUCGUGAUUCUUACAAACGUUCUACUCAUCACGGUCGUCAUUUCGAUUUUGUCUCAGCGAUUCGGAAGAAUGAUGCAUAACGCAAAUGAGGAAUACAUGCUUCUCUUCUCGUCUUCGGUUCUCGAAUCAAUCACGACCUCCGACAGACUGACAUACUACUACCCCCCUCUCAACCUCAUCGGAAUCAUCAUCCGCCCUCUCCGUCUAUUCCUCAACCACUCCGAAUACCGCAACCUGCGCAUCUUCAUCCUCAAAAUAACCCACGCGCCUCUCGUCGCCAUGCUCUGGAUCUACGAAGCAAUCCGCUACAGACUCAUGGCCUCCCGCAGCGACCGCAGCCCAAGCAGCAUGCUCCACCUCCGCAGCGGCUCCCACGACAAAAAACGUCUCUGGAACUCCCAGUACGGCGGCGGCUCUCGCGAGGGCUCGGCCAUCGCCCGCGGCCUGCUCGUAACCAACCAGGUCGUUCUCUCGGGCACCGAGCCGCGCGUGCUGCAGAGCGCGUUCGUGAGCGGCGCGAACGGCAAAUCGAACCCGUUCGACUCUAGCGCAGGCGGUCCGGCCAGCGGCGACGGCGGCAGGGGCAAAGGAACCGGCAGCGACGCGGCGGGCAAGAACGGCGCGGGAGGCAUGGUGAAACGGCGCAAGACGCGCAAGGGCACGAUUGUCGCACAGACAAUCAAGCGGAACAACAGCAGCGGCAGCGGGACGACAAAGUCGCAGAGACCGGUGCAGCCUUUGUCGUCGAGUCCCGGGUAUGCGGAGGCCGAAGGCGCGGAGAUCGCGUCUGCGUCUGCGUCUGCUGGAGGUGUUAGUGGUGCUGACGACGCCGCGCAGAAAUUAUCGCCGGUGACGAGUCGCGGACUCCGUCGUGCGCGGACAGAUAGCACCGCGUCGACGCCGUCAGCAGCCGGAGGAGGCGCGAGUGCGCGGCGCGCGAUGCUGCGCUCGAAGCUCGCGAUCUCGCUGCUGCGCGACCUGCGUCGGCGCAGCGUGACGUUACCUGCCGACACGAUCUCGGAAGCCGGCACGUCUGACGUUGGCAGCCUGCGUGGCGGGCUGGGAGGACGGGUGCGGACGGGAGAGGGCGCGAAGGCGCUUGCGUCGAGACAGUUGGGCGAUGGAGACGAUCGGUAUGAUGAUAACGUGCGACUGCGGUCGUUGUCGCCGCGGCGGGCGCGGAGACGGCAUUCGAUGCCGCAUGAGGGGCAGCAGCAGCCGCGGCAGACGAACGAGGAAGACGCGGCGGGUGGCGAGCACGUUGUCGAAGACGAGGAGGAUGAAGAGGUAGAGUACGGCGACUACGACGGCGACGAUCUCGAGUACGCCGCCGACCUUCUCGACGACGACGAGGCAAACUACUUUGACGACGAUCUCUACGACAAUCUCGACGACGCCGCCGGCGACGACAACGACGACGACGAUGACGACGACGACGAUGAUUUCCUGAGCUUGUAUACCGACACGACUGCGGCGCGGGUGCGCGGGUUGGAGGAGCAGGUUGCGAAGAUGCAGGGGAUGAUUGAGCGGAUGAGUCUUUUGCUGGUGAAGAAUUUGGAGAAGGAGAGUGAGAGUGCGUAAGAGUUUCUUUCUGUAAAUGAGUUUACCCUUUUUUUUUAUUGUUGUUGUUUGGAGAGGUUUUGGUAGUAUAUAUAUACAUUCGGUGGUUUAGAUUCGCCGUCUUUCUUGUUCCAUCUGUAUUUUCUUGAUCUUUCUCUUAUGCUCUUUUUGGUGGUAA